CAUAAUUUAUUUUAUAAUAUUUUUUUUAAAAAAAAAGCAAAUUAAUUAAAAUUAUUUGAACAAAUAAAAAUGUUUUCUGUAUGUAAAUGUAAUAUUGAUAUAACUGCUUUUGGAUGUUUGACUUUGGAAAAAUAUGAUUAGUCUGAAGAUGGAAGUGAAUGGAAAUGGAAUUGAAAAUAAAAAUGAAGAAAAAAAUAAAACCUUUUCUAUGUUAACGGUGCAAGAUUCAACAACGUUAGCACUUAACUUUGUUACUUAAGGUUCGGACACAUUUAAGGUUGGCUCAAAUCGUCAAAAAAUGACUAAAGGGAAAAGCCAUUAGAAAGAGUUCACUUGGGAAGAGCACUGUAAUAUCCUACAUUAAUCUGAAUGACUACUUAGUGUCGUUAAUCAUUUUAAAAUAAUUUUUAAUUUUAAACGAAAUAGAAUUUUUUUUAUAAUAUUUUAAAAAAACACAAAGUAUUAACCGACAAUAGUUUUGGUUUUGGACAAUUUCAGUAGUUUUUCUUUAAAAUGCUUUUGGAUGUUUGAUUUGGAAAAAUAUUAAUUAGUCUGAAGAUGGAAGUGAUGAAAAUGGAAUUGAAAAAAAAAAAUGAAGAGAAAAAUAAAACCUUUUCUAACGGUGCAAGACACAACAACGUUAGCACUUAACUUUGUUACUUUUGCCGUUAAUUUUAACGGAAGCAAAUUAUAAAAUUGCAUUGCUGUUAGUAAUUUCAAAAUGAGCGUAACCUUUGGCGCGUAUUUUCUAAGAAAGAUCCCGCUAAAACCCUAGAACCAUUUCAGAGUCCAUUUUCUACCCUAUUUUCCCUUUCACCAAACACUAAAACUCACUCUAACAAAAUCGACUGUCAAAGCCCUAUCUCUGCUCAUUCAUCUUCUUCCUUCAAUUCGUUGAAGAAGGAUCUGAAGAGUUGAAAUCCCGCGAGUUCUGUCUGUGCUCCAUAUUUGCUUCCACCUCGUUUCGGAGAUGUACGGCAGAAAGGCGUGCCAACUGGUUAGAGAAUUUUCAACAGGAGAAAAAGGCCAGCUUACGCCCUUCAAUAGUGACCUAUUUGAUCAAGUAAUUGCAGAAUGUAGCCAGCAUUAUCUUGAACUUCAAGCCUUGAUAAGGAAAAUGCAGGAGAAAGAAUUGGAUGUACAAACAACAAAAAAUGAAGACCAUUAUGGGUCACUCAUUCACCACCUUUCUUUAGUUCGCAACAAACGCUGCUUAAUGUCAUAUCUAUACAAUCGAGCUGAAAUUAUGCGAAAUUUGAUUUGGAAGGUUGGGCCAGUGCUUCCACAAGAAAUUCAAGAGAAGCUCAGUCACUACGAGGAAGAGUAUGUCAAGAAACAUUAUGCAUCCUUAAAAUCCUAUGAGUCAAAUAUCGAUCUUGAGUUGGCCGUGGAUAUGGUACCGCCAAAAGAUCCCUACAUUAAAGUGAGGGUCCUUGAUGAUAUAGGGGAAGGAAUAGUAUUAAGCGAUGAUAAGAUAGCCAAUUUCACUCGGCACUCAAUGCAUUUUCUUAAACGAACUGAUGUUGAGCAGUUCAUCUCAAGGGGCUUGAUGGAAGAGCUCACAGGGUGACACAAACGUUUUUGCACUUACUAUUUUUCUGGUUCUUUCCUUACAUUGUGAUGGUAUUAUUCUAGAUGACCCUCUUCUCCCAUGUUCUGUUUUCCCUCCUAAUAAAAUCUAAAACUUUGUACAACCUGAAUAAGAUAUUUUUUCCUCUUCUCUCUUUUUAUAUUUUCUGGUCAAUUACAUUCUGGCUUGUAGGGUGAUACACUAAUGUUUUAGAAUAUUGGCAUUUCAUUGAUAUCAAUGAGAAAAUUAUAAGGUUCCAAACAUUUCUUAA